CAUCAGUCAGCUGACAGUGCGUGACAGGAUAGAGUUAAACCAAAGACACUAGUCGUUGUUAGCUAGCAGACAAGAAAAAUCACAUUUGUGCAUUACGGUUUAGUCAUUUUUACUUUUUCGUUUUUCAGCGGAAUUUUCUAUUAGAACCCUCUCUUAUAUGUCAAGUGCUCUGGUGAUGAACAUAGUAAUUUAAGUCAACUACCAUCUGUUGUUAAGUUAGCUACUAUCUAUGGUAUGGGCAAUGCCUAGCUAGUUAACGCAUCCUACCCUAAUUCAUUUUAGUGUAGUUAAUUAUACGUAAGCAACAAUAUGUCUGGACCAAAUGGAGAUCCUAACAUCCCAAGUGACGAUGGCAUCAUUGAGGAUGAAGAUGAAUUCAACGAAGAAGGUAAUACUGAGUAUGCAGCCAUCAACACUAUGCUGGAUCAGAUCAACUCCUGCCUGGAUGACCUGGAGGAACGCAACGACUCCCUGAAUGGCAAAUUACAUGAACUGUUGGAGUCUAACCUGCAGGCCAGGCAGGAGUUUAGAGUCCAGCUCAGCACCGCUACAGCCCCAGGAGAGGAGCAACCCUCCCCAGACAAGGAUUCUCCAGCCACUGAAGGGGAGAAGGGCGAAGAGGGAGAGUGAGAGGACUGAGCUUGACUACUAGAGAUUUUCUCAUACAAAUCAACAACAUUCCUUCCAUCUAUAUGAGCAUCUUUCCUCAAGUGUUCCUGUGUGGUGUGUUGACACUUAGAUAAGAGGAGUGAAUAGGGGUUUGGCCUUUUCUGUCCCUUACAUGUAGUGAUUAUGAACCCCCACCACUGAACUAUACAGUUUGAAUCCAUACUCAGCUGUUGAAAUCUUUAGAUGGUUCCUGCUAAGUGAAGUAAAUGAGCCUAAAGCUGACAGUUCAUUCUCUGUGUUUAAGUGAUUAGGUUAUGCCAACACAUAUCCACCACCACAUACUAUGUAUACUAAUGUUUCAGCUUAGUUACCUGUAUACAGUCCUCAAUUGAUACAAUAGUACUUAUUUAUCUCUGUGCUUGGUAUGGGGUGAAAGCAUGCGGAAUGAGCUCAGCGAUUGACAUAACUGGUGGUUUGUAGUCAUCAAUAUUUACAUAUUUGUGGAGCAACUACCUAUACAGCAAUAAUGCAAUAUUCCAAAUCAUAUGACUUUCAUUGGUCAAUGUUCUUCUGUGAUGUGCAAGAGAUUGUAAUGUUUUCUAUGUUUUGUGCUGUGUUCCACUUUUUCCUAUUCAGUUUUUCUUAGCCAGGUAUAAAUACAGUAUAUUUAAUGUUACCGAGUGUGACAUCUUGAGAAUUGCUAACUUAAAGCACUAGCUCUCUAAAACAUUUCAAACAAUGUACAGGUGUGAUAUAUUCAAUAUGUGAGGCAAUAGUCAAAUAUUUUAUUUAUAAAUUAAAAUGACCCCAAUACAGAAAACAAACAUCCCAAAAAAAAUACAUUAAACUUCUAGCUGCUAGAAAACAACUAUUUUGUUCAUCUCAGUUUGUCAUUUGUUGAAUAAAAAUACAUUAAGAAACA